AUGAUAGAAAAAGAGGAGGUGAAUAACUAUUCUGCCGAAACAACCGGGUGGACGGGAACUGAAGCAGAGGAAGAGGAGUACCACCUGGAGAAAAAACCCAGCCUGGAAGACAAGAAGGUGGACCAAAAGUUGAAGAGAUUGAGAGAACAGCUCUUAGCCGAGUUAGAAUGCACAUUCAACGAGGAGCAGAGAGGAUCAUCUUCAGGGAUAGCAGGAAAAGAACGUAAGGGGGAGCCUCAUCCAGAAUUUAACUGGAAGUUGUAUGUAGACGGAGCAUCAGGCACUGAGGGCAGUGGUGCCGGCAUAAUGCUUAAAGGGCCAGAGGAUUUUAAGGUAUGUUACGCCUUACGUCUAGAGUUCAAAGCCUCGAAUAAUGUGGCAGAAUAUGAAGCCCUGAUAAACGAGAUGUUGGUGGCACUGGAAGUGGGAGUAACCGAUCUCGAGAUAAACAACGACUCUCAGCUGGUGAUCAACCAAGUAACAGGGAUGUAUCAGGCUAGAGACCCCAUUAUGCAGAAUUACCUAGCCAAAGUAAAAACUUUAGAAGCCGAGCUCACAAGUCGAGAAGUAACCAUCAGAUUUCAAAGAAUACCCCGAGAGGAAAAUAAGGAAGCAGAUCUGCUUAGCCGAUUAUCCAAAGAAGAAUUGGAACAACUUCCUGAUGAAGUAUAA